CGACAGUGAGACUGAAGCAAGUUAGCUGGAAAGAGCAUGAAUCAGCCAACGUUAAUGAAACUCGUCAUUACAUUCUCAGUUUAUUACUCUUAUGUAAAUGCUGCACUUGAAAGAAACAUUACUCUGGAUAUUGUUGAUAAAGAGCACAGUAAUCUAUUAGCAGAAGCUAAUGUCAAAAUGAUCAAAAUAGCCGGGUCAAAGCAUAAAUGCAUGGCUGUUUUCUCGCGAACAACCUUCGAAAUUGACGAUAUAAUCCAUGAACUACAGUCCAAAGAGUUCUGCACAUUCGUCAUCAUAAAAUCAUUGCAACACGAAGCAGAUGAUAAAAAUACAAGAAUUUUUUCACAAGAUAAUGAAGACCUCAUAUCUGAAAUUGAUGUGUUUAUGAUAUUCUUUAAUGAUUAUAAAGACAUAUUACAUGAUUCACUAUUGAAACAUUUACAGAGAAAUUUUUGGAACUCGCAAGCAUACUUCAUGUUAUUAUCAAUGGCAACUACCAACAUAGAAAACAUACAAGCUAAAAGAAUACUCAGUCUCUAUUGGGAAAAAUUAGAAAUUUUGAAUAUUGUAUUAAUUUGUUUGAAAACUAAUAAGUUAAGAAAGAAAAUAAGUUUGAUAACCUACAACCCUUUUUUGAAAGAAGAUGCCAUAAGUGUAAUAGAUUCAUCUUGUAAUGAUGAUUUAAUUUUCUAUGACAAGUUUGCAAAAGUACAAAACUACCCAUUGACAGUUGUAACCUACAACAUACCACCUUUCGCGUUUAGCAAGAUGGAUAAGGGUGGCGAAUGGGUAUCAAGUGGACCAAUGGUUGAGGUGAUUAGAAGUAUUGUUCGUCACAUGAAUUUUGUUUUCGUUGAUCAUUCUUCCGAUGUACGUAUGAAAAUUUCACGCCAUGACCCGGACGUCACACUCGGAAUGUUUUUCUCCACCCCCCGCAUCCUCAAGAAUAUGUCAUACCCUUUCUUCUUUGAUAGGGCUGCUAUCAUAGUACCAAAAGCACUGCAGAUGCCAGCAUGGAUGAAUCUCAUUCACCCAUUCAGUUUCGACUCGUGGAUGGCAUAUAUAUCGAUGUUUGUCUUUCUAGUUCUGGUCAGUAAAGUUGUUUCAAAAUUUGAAAUACACGCUUCACCGGGGCAGUUUAGCGUCUUGGAGGUCGUGCGAGGAUUUCUUGUUGGAGGCUCCAUAUACAUCCAACAGUGUACUCCCUUGAGGCUGAUCCUCGUCUCAACACUUCUAUUCAACCUAAUAAUGAACAACUGUUACACGGGCCUGAUCACGAGUUACCUGACAGUGCCCCGCUACUACCCUGAACUGAAAACAGUGGAUGAUUUGGAAGCUAACUCUAUUUCGAUAGCAAUGGUAGUGCCAUUACACUUUUUUGAAAAUACUGUUGUUUUUGACUAUAUGAGUAAUUCACUUACGGACUUCGAUUUAAAUGAUGAGACAACAUCGAAAUUACUUUCGAACACUGUAAUAACGAACGAUUUUGACUCCACCGUUCAUAAUGUCAUGUUUCACAGGAAUAUCAGUGUUUACUCUUCAUUAUCUAUGGCUCACUACAAGAUAAAAUUUGACUAUAACAUUUUAAGUCAUUCUAAACUCAGUGUUAUGGAGCUUAAUAUUCUUUUACCAAUAGUGUUGUUAUUUCGUAAAAAUUUUCCUUAUAAGAGGAAGUUUAAGAUGUAUCUGUGUGCUUUGAAGGAGGCUGGCAUCGUAGAUAAGCUGCUUCUUGAUAAGAUGGUAAGUAAUAAGGAUACAGCCACAAACGAGCUCUCAAAACUUUCUCUAAGUCACUUGCAAGGUGUUUUCUUUGUCCUUUUGAUCGGUAUUUUGUUAAGUACUUUAAUUUUCAUCUUGGAAUUAGUUUUUAAAUUCGCCUACUUCUUUUUUGAAUAUAUCUAUGAAAAUUUCUCAAUUAUGACACAUCUUAAUAGGCAUAAAAUCUAGAACGCUAAUA